AUGGAAGGAAUAGAAUUCAGCUCAGCUCCUGACGGCCCCAUCAUAUCCACAUCAAAAGCCAGACAUAGGAUAUUUCCUACAGACUCAUCGAUUAUCCUAGUCGGAUGUCGUGGCGCCGGAAAACGAACUUUAGGGUUCAUCGCUGCCAAGUAUCUAGGUCGCCGACUUGUCACAGAGGAUCACUCUUUCGAACAGUCGACCGGAUGUACAAGAGCAACUUUCCUGCAAAAGUAUGGCCGAGAUACCUUCAACCAGCAAAUGGCAAUUGUACUCGCUCGAGUGCUCAAGCUGAAUCAAACCAACUGCGUCAUAGAGUGCGGAACAGGCACGUUGUCGCCGGAUAUCGCGGAAAUACUCAAAGGCUAUGUUGAGACGAAUCCUAUUAUUUACAUUCAUCGUGACAAGGAGGAUCUCUACAAGUUAUUGAAACUUCCAGUAGCUGAUGCUGAACGUCUGCUCGUCACGGACCAGAGUCACCGUGACUUCUCCAACUUCGAGUACUUCAACCUCUAUGACUCUAGUGGCGAAGGUCAGAUCGCGGAGAAUAGUUCGAUCCGAUCUGCAACUACGAGUACCGCCAAGCUCGUGGAGGCAAAGCAAGGCUUCAAGGACUUCCUUGAUCACAUCUUUGGUCAUGGCCUGACACGGUCCUGGGUUGCAAACCCUUUUUCAAGGAAAGCAAUUCCUCCGGAAUACCGCAGCCUCUCCUUCGUCUUCAACCUACGUCUCUCAACUUUGAUAAAUCUAGACAUUGAUUUAUCUACCAUAGAAGCUCCUGGCGACGUGUUGGAAUUGGUAAUUGAUACUUGGCCUAACAACGUACUUGACAUUAUUGCGACUCAGGUAGCCUUAAUCCGCCGCAAAUUGGACAUCCCAAUCAUAUAUAACGUAGAAGAGAAUCCGCGGGAAGAACGCAAGAGGUCGUUAGAAGAACGGGACGCCAUGGAUCUCGAAUUAAUGCUCCACGGUCUUCGACUUGGAGUCGACUAUCUGAGUCUCGAUCUCGAAAGGAGUCCAGAGCUCGUCUCCAGUAUUCUUUCUAUGCGAGGCAGGACGAAAAUCAUUGGAAAUUUCGUCAUUAAGGGAAUGGCAACUCCGAAGUGGACUGACGAUGUCUACCUCGAGCGAUUCUUAUUUGCACAGCGACUCGGAUGCCAUAUUGUCCGCAUUGCCCGGUUCACUUCGCAGAGAGAUGAUAAUCAGCGGAGAGAGUUCAUAGAUAAGAUCCGCGCGCUACCAGAUCCCAAGCCCUGCAUCGUUGCUUAUGAUUUUUCGGUUUUCGGUGUCGUAACACCUUUUCAGGACAAGAUCAUGAAUCCCGUCGGACAUGAUUCUAUCGAGAAGUCAUCCCGAGAACAGAUGGUCGGCGUAAGCACAGCACGAGGUACACUGCGUGAUAUUUUUCGAAAGGGGCGAUGGUUGCAGCCGCUGAACUUUUACGUCUCAGGAUCAAACGUUUAUUACUCGGCUUCACCGUCGAUGCACCGAGCAGCCUAUGAGCACCACAUGAUGGCACACACUUUUGAUGCUAGGCGUUGCACUACACUUGAAGAGCUUAGCCGACUUCAACGUGAACCUGGCUUCGGAGGUGUUUCGUUAACACCACCUCUCAAACUUAUCAUCAUACCGCAUCUGGAUCAUCUCAGCUCCCACGCCGUUGCAAUCGGUGCGGUGAACAUAGUCCUCCCACUUCGCGGGGACACAGAUUCGAUAUUGGAUCACGCCAAUGCUCGAAACAGGUCUGGCGUUACAAAUAAGUUUUAUGGUGACAACACGGAUUGGACCUCUAUCAUCACUUGCUUACGUCGAGCCAUCAGUCCUAGGAAUUCUGUACAACCUUCCAGAACGACAGCCCUGGUGAUUGGAGCCGGAGGAAUGGGCCGGGCGGCUAUCUAUGCUUUGAUUAAGCUAGGUUGUCGGAUGAUAUUCAUUCAUAACAGGACGAGGUCGACAGCGGAAGAAGUUGCCAGACAUUUCAAUACAUAUGCUGUGGAACAGAAACUUAUCCGCCAGAAUGCGGGAGAGUUGAUUUGCCAUGUCAUCGACUCGCCUAAUGACCCGUGGCCAGAGAGCUACCAACAGCCAACGAUAGUCCUAUCCUGUAUUCCUGCAUCCGGAACAGACGAUAACCCACCCGUGCACUUUAGAAUGCCGUCGCACUGGCUAAAAAGCCCUACUGGCGGUGUUGUGAUUGAGCUAGCGUAUGAGCCGUUGAUCACACCUCUUAUCGUCCAAAUGCGUAAGAUUCGCGAAGCGGGUAACACGUCAUGGGUUAUUGUCGACGGUCUGGAGGUCGUCGGCGAAAUGGCCAUGGAAGCUUUUGAGCUGAUGACCGGUCGUCAAGCACCCAGGAGGCUCAUGCGACGAGUUUGCAACGAGACGUGGGAAAGGACGAGUGCGCCAUUCCAGCCGCAACGAUAACGAGCUGCGGCCACUUACUACGACAACGUUCACCCUGAGUCCCACACAGGGUCUACGAAAGAUUACACAAUCAACAGCCUAGCGUAGCCAACUCCUAGCCUUCGAAGGAUCAUUAACGGUAUACCCAUUUUAUCACCAACCCUACAUUCAAAGCUGAAUUCCCACAUUUCAGCUUCUAGGGCUCUAACUACAAUGAUUCCUAUGAGGGAGUCCCAAUAACACCACACCGAGAUAUUCUGCAUCCCAACGGACCUGCGAUCACAUAUCAGCUACCACUGUUCUAAGGUCUAACCGCACAAUUGUUACUUGAAAGCGCUUUGCCCGGAUCGUCUUAAAAUUGCAACGUUAUAAAAUUCUGUCGAGCACAAUGGAACUGGGUUUAUGGGUCUAUUCUAAAUAUUUAACCAGGUCAAACAAUUUGAGAUCAAAGGUGGCGCUAAUGAGGAUAAGCCAGGCCUGAAUCAAAUAUGAGUUCCUACGGAUAACAGAAACUAUCCACCUUAGCUAUACAACCC